CUAAGUCCCCUCCUUCUCGUUAUAUGCUCUUGAGGGUUUCCGGUCUUUCUUCACGCUGGACGGCCGUUGGAUGGACAAAGACACCGUUUCUGGCUAGAGGGAAGUAUACUUGCAAUAUGGCCGCUGCUUCUACCACGACGUCGCAAUUUGGCGAUUGGCCCGCCGUCAAAGUCCGAGAGACCUUCGUCGGUUACUUCAAGGAGAGGGCCCAUACGUUCGUCCCCAGUAGCUCGACGAUUCCUUACGAAGACCCGACUCUUCUUUUUGCCAAUGCCGGCAUGAACCAGUACAAGUCCAUUUUUCUCGGUUUGGCAUCGGACGAUUCGCGAUUGGGCUCGUUGAAGCGCGCCGUCAACUCGCAAAAGUGCAUUCGUGCCGGUGGAAAGCACAACGAUCUUGACGACGUCGGCAAAGACACCUACCACCACACCUUCUUUGAGAUGCUCGGAAAUUGGAGUUUCGGUGACUACUUCAAGAAAGAGGCAAUCACGAUGGCGUGGGAGCUUCUCACGAAGGUCUAUGGCUUGCCUCCGGAUCGCCUCUAUGUUACAUACUUUGAAGGAGAUAAGAAAAUGGGUCUUGAGCCAGACACCGAAGCUCGAGACCUGUGGCGAUCUGUCGGCGUGGCAGAUGACCAUCUUCUCACGGGAGACUCGAAAGACAACUUCUGGGAGAUGGGCGCAACGGGUCCCUGUGGCCCCUGCAGCGAGAUCCACUACGACCGCAUCGGAGGACGUAACGCGGCCCAUCUCGUCAACCAGGACGACCCUGACGUCCUGGAGAUCUGGAACAACGUCUUCAUGGCCUACAACCGAGAGCAGGACGGCUCUCUCCGACCUCUCCCCGCCAAGCACAUCGAUACCGGCAUGGGCUUUGAGCGUCUGGUUUCGGUGCUGCAGGACAAGCGGUCCAACUACGACACCGAUGUAUUCCAGCCUCUUUUUGCAAAGAUCCAAGAACUGACCGGUGCCCGUGCAUACGAGGGCAAGCUUGGCAAGGAUGACGUCGACGGCAUUGACACGGCUUACAGAGUCGUGGCCGACCACGUCCGAACACUCACCUUUGCCAUGAGCGAUGGCGGCGUACCCGACCGUGACGGACGAGGGUACGUGCUCCGGAGAAUUCUGCGAAGAGGCACGCGAUACGUUCGCAAGUACUUCAACGUUCCUAUCGGUCAUUUUUUCAGCGAGUUGGUCCCCACACUCGUCGAGCAAAUGGGAAGCUUCUUCCCAGAAAUCACCAAGAGGGUCGACGAGAUCAGGGCAAUUCUCAACGAAGAAGAAGAGUCAUUUGCCAAGACGCUGGACCGCGGUGAGAAGCUCUUUGAGACAUACGCCAGCAAGACUCAAGAGGCCAAACAGAAGGAGCUUGCCGGUGGCGACGUCUGGCGACUGUACGAUACGUAUGGGUUCCCUGUCGAUCUGACGAGGAUCAUGGCAGAGGAAAUCGGGCUGGGUGUCAAUGAGAAGCAGUUCGAGGAGGCACAGGCGGCAAGCAAGGAAGCUAGUAAGGGACAGGGCAAGAAGACUACGAGCGAGAUGCCCAAGCUGGACGUCCACGACCUCGGUCAUCUCGAAAAGGACAGUUCGAUCCCCAAGACAAACGACGAUGCCAAAUUCUCGACAGGAAAUGUUACGGCCACGGUCAAGGCCAUCUACCAGUCGGGCGGCUUCUAUCAAUCGUCUGACUCCCCCAACGUGGACAAGGAGAAGCCUCUUGCUAUCCUCCUGGACAAAACGAACUUUUACGCAGAGGCUGGCGGUCAGCAGGCGGACACGGGUAGCAUCGUGAUCGACGGAAAGAGCGACUUCCAGGUCGAAGACGUGCAGAGCUUCUCGGGCUACAUUCUCCACUCGGGCUUCUUCAAGUACGGCGAUGUCAAAGUGGGCGACGAGGUUGUGGCAGGCUACGACGAGCUUCGGAGAUGGCCGCUGCGCAACAAUCACACAGGCACCCACAUUCUCAACUACGGUCUCCGAGAGGUGCUUGGUGACCAUAUUGACCAGCGUGGCUCCCUUGUGGCCCCCUCGAAGCUCCGCUUCGACUUCUCCCACAAGCAGGGCGUCAGCGUGGCUGAGACGGACCGGAUCGAGAAGAUUGCAAAUGAUUGGAUCAACAAGAAUGUCGCAGUGUACUCCAAGGAGAUGCCCCUAGCCGAGGCGUACAAGAUCCCGGGCGUACGCGCCGUCUUUGGCGAGGCGUACCCGGAUCCCGUCCGUGUCGUCACACUCGAGUAUGACGUUUCGGAUAUUGCAAAGGACGUCGAAAACCCUCGAUGGAGGAACACAAGCGUAGAGUUCUGUGGAGGUACGCACGUUGCCAAGACGGGUGAUAUCAAGCGCUUUGUCGUUGUCGAGGAGGGGGGCAUUGCAAAGGGCAUUCGAAGAAUCGUUGCCGUGACAGGCGAGGAGGCUGCCAAGGUGCAACGUCUCGCAGACGAGAUGGAGGCUAGGAUCGCCAGAGUGGCUGCGCUCAAGGACCGCAACGCCAAAGAGGGCGAGCUCAAGACGCUGUCGCAGGACCUCAACAAGGCCGAGAUCUCCAUCGUUCGCAAAGCGGCGCUGCAGGAAGAGUUUGCCAAGGUCAAGAAGGCGCACGAUGCAGAGGCCAAAGCGCUGCAGGCCGCCCAGGGAAAGAUUGUCACGGAGCAUAUUGAGUCGUACUUCCAAAAGAACCCGGACGAGACGUACCUCGUGCACCACUAUGAGGGUUUGGGUGCCAACACCAAGGCACUGCAGCAAGGCGUGAAUCUGGCCAAGAAGCUGGGCAAGGCUGCUUACCUCUUCAGUGCCGCCGACGAGACCACGGACGAGAAGGCUGGUGACGGUACGUCGACCAAGGCUAAGGUCGUCCACAUGAACUUUGUUCCGCCACACGACCUCGAAAAGGGCUUGGACGGACGGGACUGGGCAGAGGUUGUGAGCAAGAGCAUCGGAGGCAAAGCUGGUGGAAAGCGCGAGGGCGCACAGGGCGUUGGCCAGGAAGCUGGUCUGGCACUCGAGGACGCUAUGGUUGCGGCGAAGAGGUGGUAUCAGCGAGACGCCAUCGAGAAGCCUCUGAUGCCAACACAGUAGAUUUCACUAGAUCGCUCUGCCCUCUCGCAGCCAAGAGAAAAGAAUGUAUAAAUCCAGUUUCUUCUCAUUCCAGAGUGUCAAAGUAUCCGAAAGGGCUAGAAAAGCCAUAGAAAGUAGACAAAUUAGAAAGUGAGCAGGCCGCGUUG